AGACUGUUGUAUUUUUGUUCACCGCAGCAGUGUUGGAUUCUAAGUAGAUUUAUUCGCUCGCUGGUUUCUUAUAUCUAUAUAUUUUGUGUUAGUAUUCUACGGGUCUAGUUUUUUCCAGUACCUGUCUCUGUUUCGCAGUCGCAUUUUUUGUUUGUUUUUUUACCUGAGCGUAGUACUACUAUUCCUUAAAAAUGGCAACGACCCCAGUUUCGAUACAGAAUGGAGGAAUUUCGCAAAAGGACACGACGUUUACGAAGAUCUUCGUUGGAGGUUUACCGUACCACACCACAGACCAGUCGCUAAGGGAAUACUUCGACAAGUUCGGUGACAUCGAGGAGGCUGUCGUCAUAACGGACCGACAGACGGGCAAGAGCAGGGGAUACGGAUUUGUCACAAUGUCGGAGCGAGUGGCCGCGGAACGAGCGUGCAAGGAUCCCAACCCUAUCAUUGAUGGGAGAAAGGCGAACGUAAACUUAGCCUACCUCGGAGCCAAGCCGAGGGGAAACCUCCAGUCGAUAGGUCUUCCUGUUGCACUGAAAUCUGGCAUUCCAGUUAUUCCUGGUCAAUAUGGGUAUCCUCAAUACGUGUAUCCAUCCACAGCCUACCUGACGUCACAGGGCAUGCUGGCCGCCAUGCCCCACUCGCCACUGUCACCGACGAGCGCGGCCACGACGUCACAACAGUUCAUAGACUACUCGUCUGCGUAUGCCGCACAGAUCUCUGCCGCCGAGUAUGCCGCCUAUCCGUACACCACGAGCUCUGCCGCAGGCUACGCUAUACCGACAGCGUACACGUACACCGUACCGCAACAGAUCGCGGCCGGAGCUUCGGGACACUUCGCCCACUUUCAGCCGCAGCAGAUUCAAGAACGAAUGCAAUAGAAGUGGUUCUUCUUUGGUUAUUUCUCCACAAGUUUAUACCAUCGUACGGACUCUAAAAAGAUGAAAAAAAUUGACGACGAAAAGACAAUAACAACAACAACAACAACAAAAUGUUAAUAAUGUUUUGUUUUAUUAUUAUUGUUAUUACACAAGUCCGGAGGAGUUUUUAAUUAUUAUUAUUAUUUUUUUUUUUUUGAAAAGCUGAUUUGGUGCACAGAAAGUGAUUACGUCACCAGUGCCCGCCAGCCAAAACAACCCAGAAUGAUCUCUUCGUCUGCGGGGCGUAGAUAAUUGUCUAGAAUGGAAGGAUAAAACGAAAACGGAUUUAUUACAGGAAAGAAAUAGAUUAAAUGGAUUAGAAGUCGAGAUAUUGAGAAUGAAUUCUACAUGGAUAUAAGUGUAAAUAGAAAAUAAAAUUAUGUGUACCGAUGUUGUGAUGAAUCUGUGACGUCAGCAUUGUAUGUGUACUACUAGCCAUAUUGUUAUGUUCUACGUGUCCGUCCCAUUGCUUUGACUUGCCGCCGAUGCGUCAAAUAUAAGAGAUAUAUGCAUAUUCAUGAACAAUUUUCAUAACAUUUUAAUAUCGCAGUGCAUAAAAGUAGUCUAUGCAACUGGUUAAUUUAGCAUAUUUCAGACGUUUAGUUGUUAACACAGUGGAUUACGUUAUAUUAAAUAUUGACUCUUUUUUUUUUUUCAAUUCUUUUCUUUAAGACAUGCUACCAGUAUGUGGUAUACGUUUUGAAUACUGAUCACGUGACAUUUAUUUCAAAGUUUCAUAUAUUAUUUGAUUCUUCUUUUUUUAAUUAUAUUAUCUAAUUUUUUCUCUGUUGUUUUAUAAAUCUUAGAGUCUUGUAUACUAGUAUAUAUAUUUUUAAUGUUUAAUAUUUUCCCAUUCUUUCUGUUAAAUCUUAGUUUUAAAUUAGGCCUAUGUGUAUUCAAAACCAAGAUGUAUGUGGUCAGUCUAUGCCUAAAUUAUUAACAUCGAGUGCCUUAUGUGAGAAAACUGUUAUUUGUUACACUGAAGGAUGAGUGUGGUGUCCGAACGGGAUAACGUCCGUCACGAUAUUAUAUUUUAUCUUGUUAUACGUCCUGUCGCGAGUUGUCUCCCGUUAUCAAACAGUAUUUAUUACGUCAUCACGUUAACUUUAUUAUUUUUCUUUUAAAACAUCGUUGUUGCGGUUGUUUAUGGACGCGGACUUGAGUUUACGUUUUGUUGUUAUGCAUAUUUUUAAUCUAAUAUUGAAACGUUGAUUUCAUAUUUAUUAUUUAUUGGCAAGUCUCGUCUUUCCAAAAACAGCCAGCAACUUUGAUAUUUUGUUACUUCUGUACAUUUUUGCAGAACGAUCAUUUUGGAUGAACGAAAUCCGUGCAGAGUGUGAUUGCCCUUAUAAGUUCCUCGUCCGAUAUUUACUUGAGUAUUAAUUCAUGAAGGGCUACAAUUGGAUCGGUCUCACCUAGCCUGUAUUUGUAUUAUUUCAUAAAAAAAGGGUUGUGGUUUUAGAAGAGAACAACAAAGAUAUUUAUCAGAGACAAGAUCACGUGAUUUGAAAAUAAUUUUUGGUCUCACAUCAUACUUUCUGUUUUCUUUAAAACUACGUGUUUCAUUUUAUUAUUGCGUGUCGUUUGUUUGCAAUCUUCUGCAUUCCAACAAUUCACUUUCGAUUCCCAAACCAGUUAACUGUAUGUAUAUUUUUGAUUUAUAUUACGUCAUCAAUACUCGAAUUACUUCAGGGACGGUCCUGGGAUUCGUGGAUCAAAAUUAAAAUGGCUGUGCUGAUAUGGCUUUACACGGUCAGAGUCCGACAGCCAAAUGUCUUAUUUCGUCCCUGACAUUGAAAAAAGUGCCUUGGUUCAGAGACAAAUUUUAACAAAUUAUUUAAUUACAGUAGUUACAGUUUCUAGUCAUCGCAGGGUAUAUAGUGUCACCUUGCGAUGAACUGUGGUCUUUUUCCUGGUAAACGUUUUUGUAGUUCUCGAUCGAGACCGGAAGUUAAUGCGCAGUGUAAAUAACAUAACACUUCCGGUAGAUAGUGCGUAGUUUGAAUAUCAUGCUAUUUAAGAGGACACAUAUUUUACUUAUUUAUUUGACAAUCGUGGGCAAAGUAGGUCACUUAUUACUACAUAUACUGCACGAUGUUAAGCCGUUUAUGUACAUAUAGAAACUUUGAAAACUGGUUUAUGUAAAUUUAUGUUGUUGUAGCUAACUUAUGAAUAUGCAAACGUUAACUAACCGUUAAACCAUCAAUGUAAAUAGGUCAUUAUAUACUUAAUAUGUAUUUAAGUUUAUUCACAUUUCAUUACAAGCAUGUUAAGUACGAGGAGGAGUAUUUUGACGCCACAGAACUGAUACCAUUUUGUUUUUCUUCAAUGAAAUUCUUGCCGUUAAAUUAAACAGAGGGUCAUGGGUAUUACAUUCAUCCGUUGUUAGAUAUUUGUCAACACUAAUGGAAAGAGGUCCAUGUAUUUAAGUUUCAUAAAUUACUGAAGUGAUGAAUUCCCCUCUCAUUUAAUAUUUUAGUUUCAAGAAUAUAUUCAAAAUAUUUUCUUAUGACGUCACAUGUGACGUGGUCUUCUUUGGAAGUGGCAGUCCUCGUAAUUUAGAAAUAGGAAGGAUGUAUCGACCUUUUGAGUGGCAGUCCUCUUAUACAAGAAGUACCAAAUAGUAGUUCAUCACACCCUCGCGGUCUUGUAAACCUACCCCAUGGCCUCCACAUUGUGAUUCUAGAUACCAGUGUGGGCAUGUUAAUGGUUUUGUUGUUCAGAUUAUUGCACCUGCGUAAGUCGUAAAUGUUCCACAAUGCUUACAUGUCAGGACUAUUUGCAUUUAUUUUCAUUAGUCUGUUGUCAGUGGAAUCAUAACAUUCUUGUAUUACAGAGAACUGAAUUGAGUUUGACAGAUAAAAAAGGUAGUAGAUGUGUAAACAAUACUUGUGCUUUUAUAAAAGUUCCUGUCGCAUUUAUCUGUACGGCAGUGAAACGGCUUUCUGUCAGUGCACAUUAUUACUACGCGUUUGGUUAAACACGCAUGUGCAUUUAUUUGCACGGGUGUAAAAUUGCGUAAUAUAGAAGCACACAUAGUCCCAAUAUUGGUAUUGUAAAGGCUGUGGCUAAAAUAUCUUAGCGCAUUUAUCUGUAAGGCAGUAAAACGGCUCUGUGUGAAUGCUCACGUAGUUCCGGUCUUGACCUGCUGUUCACGGUGUGGUUUACUAUUUCUCAAGGUGUCAGUUCUGUAGCCUCGUGUUACUAAAAAUAAUGCAUAAUUCGAACGAAAAGUUCAACAGUCAUUUUUACAACGUUCGUUCGUUCGUUCGGAACAUGUUGUACCUAUGUUAUAAUCACAAAAUAAAUAUGUUAAAUAUGAAAAAAAAGA